AUGUGGUCAGUUUCAAGUAUUCUUACGGGAUUGCUGUCCUUCAUGAUGGAUAAUUCUCCCACGACUGGAAGUUUAACCACAAGCGACGAGGAGAAACGGCGCCUCGCUCGAUCAUCGCUUGCUUUCAAUUGUCAAAAUGUGACGUUCAGAAAAAUGUUUCCAGAGUACAUCCAAAAACAGGCCGAGAUGCAGACGCUUUGCGAGCAAAAAUCAGAGCAACAGCCCGUCAACAAGCCCGGCGAGCCGGAAAACACAGUGGCAGAGAAUCGACGCAACAAGGAUCACAACAGGCAUUUCAUGUUCCCAGGUUGGCUCGGGGCAAUUCUGUUAGCUCUCUUGUGUAGUAUAAUGGCGUUGCCGCUGCUUUCAUUGGAUCUAACCAAGCAGUGAUGGGAAGUUCUUCGUGUGGGAUUUUUCUUCGCGAGCAAAGGGUCUGAUUUUCAUAUAAUCUGCCAGUGUUGUUCUAAAGCAUUACAAAUCCGUCCUAUGCAGCACGCUGCACUCAAAGGAUACUCUGACACUGCACAGUUUCAUGCUUGUAAUGAAAGGAAAAGAAAGAUUUUUUAAGCUCUUUA